GGGUGGCCCCGCCCGGGCACGGGGUGGGCAGGCGUGAGGAGGGCGAAGUUUCUCCGCGGCUCCGGGCCCCUCGCAGGGACAGCGGGGAGGGAAGGAGCUGGCCCCGUGGUGCUGGGGGAGCUGACAUCGCCGCCGCCAGCAGAGCAGCCCGGCUUUGGCCAUGAAGAGGAAACAGAAGAGGUUUCUGCAAAUGACGCUGCUCUUCACCGCGGCUCUGAUUUUCCUGCCUGACAUCGGCCUCUGGUCUCUCUACAAGGAGAAGCACCUGGUGAAGCCGCCUGAGCCCGCCGAGCCGCAGACACUUCCAUUGGGGCUGGGAGAUGGACAGCUCUUUACCUGGACUGAUGGCUUAAAAAGGAAGGACUGGCAUGAUUAUGAAAGCAUUCAAAAAGAUGCUAUGCGUUCAGGGAAAGGUGAACAUGGAAAACCGUACCCUCUUACAGAGGAAGACCACGAUGAUUCUGCUUAUAGGGAAAAUGGCUUCAACAUAUUUGUUAGCAACAAUAUAGCACUGGAACGAUCACUGCCAGACAUCCGACAUCCUAACUGUAAGCACAAGGUGUACUUGGAAACACUACCAAAUACUAGCAUAAUUAUCCCAUUUCAUAAUGAAGGCUGGACUUCACUCUUGAGAACAAUACACAGUAUUAUCAACCGCACUCCAGACAGCCUGAUAGCAGAAAUCAUUCUUGUGGAUGACUUCAGCGACAGAGAACAUUUAAAAGAGAAGCUGGAGGAAUACAUGGUCCGUUUUGCCAAAGUGAGGAUUGUACGAACCAAGAAACGAGAAGGGCUCAUUCGAACCAGACUGCUAGGAGCCUCACUGGCUAGAGGAGAAGUCUUGACAUUUCUGGAUUCCCAUUGCGAAGUCAACGUGAAUUGGCUGCCUCCCUUGCUUAACCAGAUUGCACUUAACCACAAAACCAUCGUGUGUCCUAUGAUCGAUGUCAUUGACCACAAUCACUUUGGCUACGAGGCACAGGCGGGGGAUGCCAUGCGAGGAGCUUUUGACUGGGAAAUGUACUACAAAAGAAUACCGAUUCCUCCAGAGCUCCAGAGAGCUGAUCCCAGCGACCCUUUUGAGUCUCCUGUAAUGGCUGGAGGUCUAUUUGCUGUUAAUCGGAGAUGGUUCUGGGAGCUGGGAGGCUAUGAUCCAGGAUUAGAAAUAUGGGGAGGAGAGCAGUAUGAAAUCUCCUUUAAGGUGUGGAUGUGUGGAGGUGGCAUGUAUGAUGUUCCAUGCUCUCGAGUUGGACAUAUCUACAGGAAGUAUGUCCCAUAUAAAGUCCCUUCUGGAACCAGCCUAGCACGGAACCUGAAGCGUGUGGCAGAGACAUGGAUGGAUGAGUUUGCAGAGUACAUUUACCAGCGACGGCCUGAGUACAGACAUCUCUCAACUGGUGAUAUCUCUGCCCAGAAGGAGCUGCGCAAGCACCUGAAGUGUAAAGAUUUCAAGUGGUUCAUGGCUGCAGUGGCUUGGGAUGUCCCAAAAUAUUACCCGCCUGUGGAACCUCCACCUGCUGCCUGGGGGGAGAUUCGAAAUGUGGCAGCCAACCUCUGUGUGGACAGUAAACAUGGAGCCACAGGGACUGAGCUGAGGCUAGACAUCUGUGUGAAGGAUGGCUCAGAACGAACGUGGUCACAUGAGCAGCUCUUCACCUUUGGUUGGAGAGAAGACAUCCGCCCUGGGGAGCCACUUCACACCAGGAAGUUCUGCUUCGACGCCAUUUCGCACAGUAGCCCUGUCACACUGUAUGAUUGUCAUGGAAUGAAGGGAAACCAGCACUGGAGCUAUAGGAAGGACAAAACUUUAUUCCAUCCAGUAAGCAGCAGCUGCAUAGAUUGCAACCCAGCUGAGAAGAAGAUUUUCAUGAACAGAUGUGAUCCUUUAUCUGAAACUCAACAGUGGAUUUUUGAACAUAUUAAUAUGACUGUUUUAGAAAAAUUUAACAGCAAAGCCAGUUCCUAGAAAGAAAAAAGAAAAGAGAAAAAAUGAACACACCUAUUUACGUACAGACUGCAGACUACGUUUUCGCCAGCAUCUGGGUCAAAGGAGUCAGGAAUUAAGUUUCCUAGAUCCAGGAAAUCUGUUCUGAGGAUUAAGAAAAUGCCACAGCAAGAGCCAGCAGGCUGUCUUUGUGGAUGUACAGUAUCUGGAGAACUUGGCCAAGAGCCUCACCGGAUGCUGCUGAGAACUUCAGGCUGAAAAUUCCCUUGCUGGUCAAGGGAAAAACUUUGUUUAAAAACUGUUUAAAAGUACUCCAAGUUAAUAAAGUAAAACAAAACUCUAGUUUCUCAGGUCAAAUCCUGCUGUAGUGAGUAGCUCAGAACAGGCGCUAUAAUUUGGAAUGGGUAUAUGAUGUGCAUGACAGCUACAGGAACCUGAAGAAAUCCCAGGUUUUAGAACUAAACAUGCUAGUAGAAGAAUAAUGAUGUCCCAGUACUCCCUAAACAAAAUAUAUGCUCUGUUGACAUUCUCUUAAUAAAAAGUUGGGUUAAGCAGGUUUAACCCUCAGAACUGCUGCAAAUAAUUUUAAAUACCUCCCUUUUACAUUCCAUUCAUUACCAAAAUAAGAAUGGUAGAAAUUUUAGGGUCUAGAAUUACACUGUAGUGAAGCAUGGAAUAAACUGUGAGGUUUUGCUCUCAUAUUUUCCCCUUCAGAAAAAAAAGUAAAGCAAUCAAAUCUCUAUCCAUGAUAUAUUUAGCCAUUGUGAUUCAAAUCCCAUUGUCACAUAAGGUGAGGGGGUUUUUUUAGUGACAAAUAUAACAGCAGCAGCUGCAGCAUAGUGGAAGGCUCGUGGACUAGCUAUCUUUUCUAAAGGUAGAAUCCUUACCAAUAUAUAAAUUAAAUUGAAAAUAGGCUGGGAAAAAAAUCAGGAGAGUAGGAAAUAAUUGCAUACUGCAUGCUGAACUAGAUUAGUCAAAUUAACACUGGUAUGUUGCCAUCACCUAAAAGUAUGUUGACUCCCUGCAGUGCAGCUUGAAAGAUCUUGCAGUGCUCUUGACAGAUAGGAAUGGAGAGAAAAAUUGACAUGAAAUCAGUUGGGUGGUUUCAGAGUUUUUGAAAUCUGUGAUGGAAAUCAUGUGAACUUUGCAGAGUUAGCAAGUAAAUGGUAUUGUAGAUGUCAUGAGGGAGGAAACAAGAAGUGCAAACAAGUUAAAUGUUACAAUAUUUUGACACUUUAGGCACAGGCACAAUUCACGGUAACACAGACUUCCGUCACCCAGAUGAUCAUUAUGGUGUCUCUCAGACUCAUCAAGCCAUUGGAGUGAGAGGCCUCUAAAACUUCUUUGGGAGGGUGUCUGUGGUUCUCCUCAGUUAAUACUGAUGUAUGGAACAUGACUGAUAGCUUUGAGAUUGUUCAAGGUAAGAGCGAGUAUAAAUUUAUAUCAAAUAUGUGGCCUGCUUUUACUUGAAAGAUGAAUUCACAGAUGAAAGCACCAUAAAUGCAGAUAGAUCACAUCCUCUGUGCUGUAACUCCUUUCAGGUUCCAAAUAUAACAUUUGUAGUUAAGUUGCUUAUUCUGAUUGCUGAAGAGGUGGCUGACUAACCAAAACACUGCUGUGCAAUCUACACUGUUUUGAGGGAAUGGAGUGACUGUUUAUUUCUCUUUAAGCUGUGUUUAUGCACAAGAGCAUUGAUUGCAUCCAGAGGAUGGUUCUAAUACCAAUAACUGUGCUAUUUUAUGGCAGCACCUUGUAGUUGCAGGUCAUAGGAAAUUUUUAGGAGGGAAAUGAGAUCCUGUAGCAUUCAGGAUGCAUGCACUUGGAAGAGUGUGAAAUGCAUCCAUAUAUUUAGCAAUUGCUGCAAGUUAGUAAAGAAAUCUUUCAAAUAAUUUGAAAGAAAAAUAUCUACAGAGAUAGACUUCUCAUUUUAUGAUUUUAAAAUAAGUGAGAUUGUUCAAGUAUUGUUUAAAUUUGAUUUGAAGAUAUGGUGCACUCGGGAACAGAAGCAGUAAUGCUAUGGUAUGCGGAUACUUCAGAUUUGUUUAGCCAUCAGUACACAGAACCAGUCUAGCAAUGCAAACUGUCAGCCUUUCCAGGUGCAGUGCUCACAGCAGCAUAUAUUUGCAGCUUGAACAUGAGGAAAGACGGUUUGUGAAAAAGAAGAAAAUGGCUGCCUCAAAUGCAAAUGCAGCCCUCAACCUGCUGAUUGUAACUGGCCCCAAACUGUCAAAGUCCUGGAAGCAACACUGUAUGCCCAAAAUAGAGAGGCAAAGGUUGGAUUGCUAAACCAGAACAGAUUGGUAGGGUUAUAUCAUUCAGUGUCUGACUGCAUCUCAGUGGUCUGAUUUUGAGAUGUCUAAUGGGAACUAGGCUGCUGUUGGGGCAAAGAACUUCUGUGACUUUUACAGCCCUCGUUGAGUAAUAUUGCACAGUGCCUUGCACUGCCAAAGGAAACCUUCCCCUUAUUGUAGCUGAUCACUACUUGUAAAAUCUAGCAGUCCUUGUCAGAAAACAUAACUAAUAUUCAGAUGUUCUGGGGAAAGAUAAUAGUCCUUGCACAGGAUUCCUUCAACAAAAGUUUUAUUAAUAAUAAAUGAUCAUCACUACCUCUCAAUUAAAUUCUGUCUUGGGUGUUCUCCAAAGGUUUCCACUGUAAGAGUAUUUCAUUACUAAUUUAUCAUUCUGAAUUUCCUUGAUUCUUUCUACAACCAUAUCUUUUCCACUCAACAAACUUAUGAACAACUUGGUAGGAUGGACAGAUGUAUCUUCUUCUCGUAUUUCACUGGGAGAAUUUAACUCUAAUAUGUGUUUCUCCAAAAGACUGAAGUUUCUUCCCAGAAUUUUUUUUUUGAAUACCAGAUAGUUCUGAACAUAUUUUAAGUGUAGUGCACAGGUGACAUUAACUAAUGUGGGCUCAUCAUUUCAGUGGAGUUAUACUGAUUGCUCCAACUAAUGACUUGCUUCAGUUUUUUUCAAUUCAUUAUUUUAUGGCCGAGAGGGCUUUAAUCAACAUACCUUAAAAGAAGAUCUUUGUAUUGUAAGAGUUCAUCAGCACCUUCUCUAAAUUUUUUCCAGUUAAAGUUAUCUGACCUUUUUUUGUGGCCAGCAAACUACUAUGAUAGGAGAGAGCAACUGGAAAAGCUGGAAUGAACUCCAAGUGCAACUAAAACUCUAAAAUCACACAUUUCCCUGCAUGUAUUCCAGAAUCGAAACUAAACAGAGGCCUUGAGGAACAGGGCUUAAAGGAGAGAGGAGGAGCUGGGAAACAAAAUGUUUCAUGCAUGGGAGAGCAGCCUUGUUGCAGAGGCAUAAGGCAUCACUUUUCACUGGCCACAGUCUUAUUUCAGAAAAAUGAGAUUGCUUUAGAACAAAUGUUUCUGCAACAGUAUGGAUAUUUUCAUGAUAAUAAUGCAUUAUUCUUGGUUUUUAUCUGUUUAUGAGUAAAUGCUCUGUAGCUGCUGAACUGUCUGCCUCACGAUAAAGAUAGACUCAAGUUUGAAAGGAAGCUGACAAGCACUUAACAACCUUUGAUUACUGGCAAUUUAUCAGGCAUCAAUAUCUCCAUGACCCCAGUGAAAUCGGAUGCCACAGAAGAUCAUAGAAAAAUAGUAUAUAAAUAGCUUGACCAAAUUGAUUAGAUGGGUUGCGCUUCUGCAAGAGUGGAUGUUACCUUUGUUUAGAAAAAAAAAGUCAUAAUCACAAUUUAUUUGCAUUUUUACUGAUAACUUCUGCAAGGGAGUGAGUGAGGGGGACUGUUUUAACCUACCCAGAUGGAUUGGGGAUGGAGCAUUUUAGGAAGGCAGCACUGUGAGGCUUUCUCUGUGGCUGACACCAGGGGUGCAUACAUUUUCUAUUUAAAGAGCAUCUGUAAUGCUGUUAACCUAGCAUUUUUUUAAGAGAACGCAGGAUGUACAUUAAAAAAAAUGAUAAUGAUUUUAUUUUUCUUUUUAAUCCAUCAAGGUUGUUCGGGAAAUAAUUUCAAAACCCUUGAAAACAAAACAGGCUGAUCAGAAGUAACUUUUAGUAUAGCUGGUAUUAGUAUUAUAAUGUUCAUUAAUUCAUUUGUUUAACCCCCUUCCAAAUCUGUUUCAUAUCCUGUUAGAAAGAGCACAAGGGUCCAAGAGUGCUUUUACAUAAUGUUUUCAGGAUCUUGCCCUGUCUGAAAGUUUUGAAAGGCCUUUAAAAAAUUAGCAAAUAUAAACCAAAGGGUAACAAGGAAAAACACUUGGAUAUUAUGUCUAGUCUACCAAAAUAUUUUGCUAAACUUGUGCAAAAAUAAUAUAUUUUAACUGGAAAUUUUUAGAUUAAUAAGUAAUAUAGUUUAGUAAGUCUUUAGUGUGUAGUGCUUUCUAUCAAAGAAUUUUAAUUUAAAAAAAAAAUGAAUUUGUGUGGUUAGUUGCUGACAGGGGUUUUUUUAACCACAUUUAAUACCUCUGUCCUGAGGUCUCCUGUAAUCUCAUAUUUCCUUGUCAUAAUUCCUAACGCACUGGAUUUAAGAAAAUGUGAACAUAGGAAAAAACCUCAAAAAAGUAAGAAACCUGUGU